AUGCCUGGUCUCGACCUUCAGCAUGAGCCCCUCGCGGCCGACGACGUGAGAAUCCUGGGCCAGGACCCCCUCAUCCCGCCCGCCCUCCUCUCCUCCGAGAUCCCCAUGACCGACACGGCCCUCCAGACCGUCGUCCGCGGCCGCAACGAGGCCGCCGACAUCAUCAUGGGUAAGGACGACCGCCUCCUCGUCGUCAUCGGCCCUUGCUCCAUCCACGACCCCGCCACCGCCCUCGAGUACUGCGCCCGCCUCAAGGACGUCUCCGCCCGCCUCGCCGGCGACCUCUGCGUCGUCAUGCGCGCCUACCUCGAGAAGCCCCGCACCACCGUCGGCUGGAAGGGCCUCAUCAACGACCCGGACAUCGACUCCACCUUCAAGAUCAACAAGGGCUUGCGCGUCAGCCGCACCCUCUUCCGCGACCUCACCUCCGCCGGCAUGCCCAUCGCCAGCGAGAUGCUCGACACCAUCUCCCCGCAGUUCCUCGCCGACUUCAUCAGCGUCGGCGCCAUCGGCGCCCGCACCACAGAGAGCCAGCUGCACCGCGAGCUCGCCAGCGGCCUGUCCUUCCCCGUCGGCUUCAAGAACGGCACCGAUGGCAAUCUUGGUGUGGCCAUUGACGCUAUUGGUGCCGCGGCGGCGAAGCACCACUUCAUGGGUGUCACGAAGCAGGGUCUGGCCGCCAUCACGCGCACCAAGGGCAACGAGCACGGCUUCGUCAUUCUGAGAGGCGGCUCCCACGGCCCCAACUUUGACAAGGAGAACGUGCAAAAGGCAAAGGAGACGUUGACGAAGAAGGGCCAGAAGCAAGCCAUCAUGAUUGACUGCUCCCACGGCAACUCCAACAAGGACCACCGCAACCAGCCCAAGGUCGCCGCCGUCAUCGGCGAGCAGCUCAGGGAAGGCGAAAAGUCCAUCAUCGGCGUCAUGAUCGAGUCCAACAUCAACGAGGGCAACCAGAAGGUCCCCGCCGAGGGCCCCGCCGCGCUCAAGAAGGGCGUCUCCAUCACCGAUGCCUGCAUCGACUGGGACUCCACCAUCACCGUCCUCGAGGACCUCGCCUCCGCCGUCCGCGCCCGCCGCGAGGUCAACGCCGGCACUGCCAACGGCAACGAGGAGAGCCAUAAGGUCACCCACCUCGAGGAGGAGUAA